AUGGUCAAUGCAGUGCGAGGAUCACGGCAGAGAUCCUGGAUCAAGAAAUUCAAGCUGUCGCGAGCAGACCCCUUGAGGCUUUUUGGAUCCAGGUCAGGGGCGAAAAAGGAGGAGGAGGCAGCGAAAAGCGACAUAAGACGAAUUCGUGGACCUGAUGGUCAGCCGAUAUAUUUAACUAAGGACAAUGUAACGAAACUAUUUGGCGACGAGCAAGCAUCUAGAAUUGAGGUGUUCGAGCAGCUUCAAAAGUCUUUCACACCUGAGCAACAACGAGAGAUGAAUCGCACUGGGUAUGCUGUUCUGAAUCCAGCUCAAAGAGAAUUUUUCUACGGACCUUCCUCGCCGUACAACGACUCCGCCACGCUCGACAUCAUCCGCAAUAUUAGCGAUAUCGACGUGCACCGUACGGUGCGUGACACGGUACGCGGCGUUGCAGAUGGUCGACUGGAAUUUGAAUCUAAAAGGGGUGUGGUGAAGUUGGUCACGAAGCCACAGUCGCGUCGCAAGCGUGCCAUUGUUCUGUCACCAACUAGCGCUAUUAUCGUGAACGAUCCGGAUUCAAACCUGAAAAAUAUCAUGGGAUACUAUCAAACCGAAUAG